AGAUACUUUUAAACAUAACGAAUUAUGUCACAAGGAACUCUCUAUUGUACUUACGAAAUUAGGAGUCUUUCUCCAAAGGUUAUUGUCAAACAUUUUAAUCUAGAUAUUAAAAUAAUUGAUAAGGAUGAAACUUACCAUAAAUAUUUCCCGUUAAAUAAGAUUCCAGCCUUUAUCGGACCCAAAGGUUUCAAAUUACAUGAGAUCAUUGCGGUUUGUAUUUACUUAAUUAACUUAGCUGACCCACAGUCUAUACUAUUGGGUAUGAACCCUGAGGAAUAUUCCCAAAUUUUGAAAUGGGCUUCUUUUUGCAACACUGAAUUCUUGCCAAAUGUCGCGAUAAUUCAUCAGUCAGUUACUGGCAUGAUCCCAUAUAGGAAGAAGGAUGUUGAGGAAGCUCGUGUUUAUCUCGAACGAGUUGUUGCUGUUUUUGAAGCCAGGUUGGCUAACUACACUUAUUUAGUCAGUGAAAGAAUCACCUUUGGUGAUAUAUUUUCUGCCACAUUCUUCAAAAGAGGAUUCGACUGGUGCUUUGGAGCUAAAUGGAGAAAACAACACCCCAACGUUACCAGAUGGUGGAAGACCAUUAUGACUUCCAAAUAUUUAGCCGAAUUGGUUCCAAAUUAUCAGUUUAGAGAAAAACCUGAGGAAUAUGUUCCACCAAAGAAGGAAAAGGAGAGAUAAACCAUAGUAUGAUAGUCGCAUUUGUGUUUUGACAACAUAUAUACGUUUUUUCACCCCGGUUUUGUCUUAUAAUUCUUACAUCUCUGAUAU